GUUAUGCAGGUUAAAUUUAGCCGCUCUCACUUGCGUUUAUGGUUUUGUGUCUUCAUGGUUAAGAACACAGCAUGUAGAACACACAGAAAGGCUUUUCAGGACCACACUGCCUGUCUGCUCAGAAACCUCUACGCUUACGGAGGGCAGUUUAAGAAGAGAUGACCCUGGGUUUGAGGACAGAGCCCAAUAAAAAGGCGAUGGCAGGGAGGACAUUCAUGACAAUUUCCAGCCUGAUCCUUUUCUGUCCAUCUGUGUGGUUAGCGACUGAAUGGUACCCCAAAAGUCUGCCGUGUGACGUCUCCAGGGCCAGCAAUGGAACCGAAGUGACCGUGGACUGCACCAGCAGAAGCCUGACCAAAAUCCCGAUGGGGAUCCCGUCAAAUACCACCAACUUGACCCUCACCAUCAACCACAUUCCUCACAUUCAGAACACCUCCUUCCAAGAACUCAUCAAUAUCACCGAAAUUGACCUGCGCUGCAACUGUGUACCCAUCAAGGUCGGCCCGAAGGAUCGCAUGUGCACGCAAAGUGUGAUGAUUGAUAACGGGAGCUUCUGGCAACUUAAGAACCUGAAGUCCCUUUACCUGGAUGGAAAUCAGCUCUCGAGCAUACCUAAAGGACUUCCUCCAAACAUUGUGCUUCUCAGUCUCGAGGUUAACAGCAUCUCCUCGAUUCUGAAAGAAAAUCUUACAGAAAUACCCAACAUAGAGUUUCUGUACCUCGGUCAAAACUGCUACUUCCGAAACCCGUGCAACAGGACAUACCAUAUCGAGGAGGAUGCCUUUUUGCACCUUGACAAAAUGACCUUGCUCUCACUUAAGUCAAACAAUCUGUCCUCUGUGCCACAAAGACUACCAUCCAGUCUUAAGGAGCUGUACCUGUACAACAAUAACAUACACAGGGUGACGGAAAAGGAUUUUCAGAAUUUGACAGAGUUAGAGGUCCUUGAUUUGAGUGGCAACUGUCCUCGCUGCUAUAAUGCACCUUUUCCAUGUGUUCCUUGCCCUAACAAUGCAGCUUUUGCAAUUGAUAAAAAUGCCCUCCAGAAUUUGACAAAACUGAAAAUUCUUCGACUCCACAGUAACUCCCUCACAUCAGUGCAACGGGAAUGGUUUAAGAGCUGCAAAGAUCUCCGGGUGUUAGACCUCUCUAGCAAUUUCCUGGCAAAAGCAUUAACACGUACCUCCUUCCCUCAUUCUUUGCCUUCUCUAGAAGAACUAGAUCUCUCUUUUAACUAUGAGCUUCAGAGAUAUCCAUCUUCACUAAACCUUUCCAGAGCUUUCUCAUCACUCAAGUCUCUCAGGAUCCUGAGAAUCAGAGGUUUUGUGUUCCAAGAAUUGAAACGUGAAGAUAUUUCCCCUUUGACGAGUUUGGAGAAACUUGAGAUGAUUGACCUUGGCACAAACUUCAUAAAGAUAACAAACUUAAGCAUCCUUACAGAGCUGAAAAACUUCCACAUCAUCAACUUGUCGGACAACAAAAUAUCAUCUCCUUCCGAGGCUGGACCUGCAGCUGCUUUGGCAAUGGCACAAGGUGCUCCCAAACAGGACAACACUUCCCCAAUGUCGCGAGGUGCUCAGUACCAAAGUGGGGAAGUGAGAGAGAUUCACUAUUUCAGGUAUGAUGAAUAUGCACGCAGCUGCAAAUACAAGGAUAAGGAACUUGGGACACUGAGCCCUUUUUACACACAGUGCAGUUCUUUUGGGAAAACUUUGGACAUCAGCAGAAACAACAUUUUCUUUUUGCAUUCAAGAUUUCUAAAUCUUCAAGAGCUCAGGUGCCUGAAUCUAUCAGGAAAUGCUAUGAGCCAGGCCUUAAAUGGUUCUGAGUUUGUUUAUCUCAAGAAUCUGCAGUACCUUGACUUCUCCCACAAUCGCCUUGAUCUGAUGUACUCCACUGCAUUCCAGGAAUUGAGCAAUUUAGUCAUUCUUGACAUCAGUUACAACAACCACUAUUUUGAAGCUGAAGGUUUAACUCAUAUGCUGAACUUCACCAAGAAUCUAAGCAAGCUGACCAAAUUAAUAAUGAACCACAAUCAAAUAUCAACAUCCACCAACACAGAGAUGGAAAGUUUCUCUCUGGAACAUCUGGAGUUUAAAAGCAACCGUCUAGACAUGCUGUGGAGAGAUGGCGAUUUGAGAUAUGUCAACUACUUCCAAAAGCUAAUGAAUCUGAAAACCCUUGACAUUUCUCAUAACAACCUCAACUUCAUUCCCAAGCAGGUUUUCCAAGGCUUGCCACAAACACUCACAGAAUUACACAUUGCAAACAACAAACUGAAAUCAUUUACCUGGGAGGGUCUUAAAUAUCUCAAGAACCUGAAGGUCUUAGAUCUUUGUGGCAACCUCUUGACAACAGUGCCUGCAAAGUUGUCCAACUGUUCAAAAUCUAUUUUGACGCUGAUUCUCCGCAAGAAUCAAAUUGCAAGCCUUACUCCUAAUUUCCUCCAAGAUGCUUUCAGCCUGAAAAACUUAGAUCUGAGUUACAAUCAGCUCAAGUACAUUGAAGAAUCAAGCUUCCCAGAGGAGGUCAGAGACAAUCUGCAGGUCCUGCAUUUGAACAACAACAGGUUUGUUUGCUCUUGCAAUGCCACAUGGUUUGUCAGAUGGAUCAAUCGCACCUCCGUGAAUAUCCCCAGGCUGGCGACUGAUGUCAACUGUGCUGCUCCGGGCACUCAGCGAGGUCAAAGUGUGAUUUUUCUGAACCUUCAAGCCUGCCAGCACAGCUCCCUGUCCAUUAUCCUGAGUAUCCUGACAACAUCCGUGAUCCUAAGUGUUCUCACGUUGUCCAUCUCCAGCCACCUCUUCCUCUGGGAUGUGUGGUACAUCUACCACUUCUGUUUGGCCAAAAUCAAGGGCUACCGUCGCCUCCUUUCAGAAAGCACAGCCUAUGACGCUUUCAUUGUAUACGAUAAAACCGACAAAGCCGUGAGCGACUGGGUUCUGCAGGAGCUCCGUGUCCAACUGGAAGAACAAGGUGAACGACAGCUCCAGCUUUGCUUGGAAGACCGUGACUGGGUUCCUGGAUGCCCCCUCAUUGAGAACCUCUCUCAGAGCAUCCAGCUCAGCAAGCGUACCGUGUUCAUCUUGACCAGCCGUUUCAUCCGGAGUGGCCACUUCAAGAUGGCCUUCUACCUGGCCCACCAGCGGCUUGUGGACGAGAAGAACGACGUCAUCAUCUUGAUCUUCCUGGAGAAGUUCUCCUCAGCUUACUCCAAGUACCUGAGGCUCAGAAAGAGACUGUACAAGCGCUCGGUGCUUGAAUGGCCGAGGAACCCUCAGGCGCAGCGGUACUUUUGGUUCUGUGUCAGGAAUGUCAUGGCAGCGGAGAGCCAGCAGCACUACAAUAAACUCUUUCAGGAAACUCUGUGACAGUUGAGAUCUUCAGGAAGAUGUUUUCAGUGUAAAACUCAUCUUGUAGCAAGUGAAAUCAUCUUGCAUUUAGUCAAUAUAUCCAAUAGAUCCCAUUUUGAAAGUGCUAUAAGAAUAUUUUAAGAUGCCUCAAUGUAUAUUUAUAUGUUUUUACUUUACUUUCAUGUUUGAAUUUUAUCUAGAAAAGGGCUAAUUUUACCAGCAGAUAGUUUUGCUUAUUGCAAGCAAUAAUUUCUUCUUGUUAUUAUUUAGAAUGUAUUCAUGUAUAGGCCAUUUGAAUAAGACAGUUUAGAUAAAAUAACUGAAAAACAACUCAGAAAUACGAAAUACAGUAGCUUAAAUAAUUUUAGAAUAUUCUUUGAACAGAAAAGAGAAAUGUUAGAUAUACUGACUAGAUUUAAGAAGUUUUU